AUGCUUGAUAAACAAAGUGAUGCAAUGAACAGAAUCUCACCAAAAGGGCAUGUUGCCAUUCUUGCAUUUCCGUUUGGCUGCCACGCAAAGCCUGUGCUAAACUUGGUGUGCAAGCUUGCAAAAGCUGCCCCAAACACGCGCUUUUCUUUCUUCAACACAUUGAAAUCCAACGACUUGCUGUUCUCAGAAUCAAAAUCCGAGAUUUUGGAGAACAUAAUACCCUACAAUGUAUCAGAUGGUGUUCCAACAAAUCAUGUCUUAACAGGAAACCCGCUAGAGGCAGUGAACCUUUUCCUCAAGGCGGCGCCUGAAAACUUCAAAACCUGCAUUGAAAAGGCAAUGGCAGACACAAGCACGCAGAUCAGUUGUCUAAUAACAGAUGGAUUCUUGGUCUUUGGUAGCCAGAUGGCUGAGAAUUUGGAUGUUCCAUGGAUUCCAAUUUGGAUACCCUUACCUUGCACCCUGUCUGCUCAUAUUUACACUGACGUUAUUCGCCAUUUAUAUGCAAAUGAUGGUGUUGAUGGUCAAGGAAAAACCCUAGAAGUUAUUCCGGGUUUGUCUACAAUGCGCAUCGAAGACUUACCAGAAGAAGUACUUCCCAGUGAAUCUCUAUUCUCGCACACGCUAAGACGAAUUGGACUAGUCCUACCACAGUCCACAGCCGUUGUCAUGAAUUUCUAUCAAGAACUAAACCCCACGCUCCUUGAAAAUGAUCUCAAAUCCAAGUUGCCCAGGUUGCUCAAUGUAGGUUUUCUCUCCCUUUCAUUACCACUACCACCAUUGCCACCAUCAGAAUCCGAUGCCACAGGCUGCCUUUCGUGGUUGGACGAGCAACGAGCUUCGUCUGUGGUGUAUAUCAGUUUCGGAACUGUGGGAGCUCCAUCUAGGAGUGAGCUUGUAGCUCUGGCUGAGGCAUUGGAAGCAAUUGAUGCACCAUUUCUUUGGUCUCUUAGAGACAAUUUUAAAGACUUAUUGCCGUCUGGUUUUGUUGGAGGGGAAAACAAGCAUAGGAAAGUUGUGUCAUGGGCACCUCAGGCGCAAGUGUUAGGACAUAGCUCAAUAGGUGUGUUUGUGACUCACUGCGGGUGCAAUUCUGUGUAUGAAAGCAUUUCGAAUGGGAUCCCAAUGAUCUGCAGGCCAUUGUUUGGAGAUCACAGAAUGACUGCGCGGAUGGUUGAGGAACUGUGGGGUGUUGGAGAAAAAGUGGAGGGCGGAGUAUUCACAAAGAGUGGAGUGAUCAAAAGCUUCGAGCGGAUUUUGAAAAAUGAAGAAGGGAAGAAGAUGAGGGAGAAGGCCAGAGCCCUCAAGGAGAUUGUAGGAGUGGCUGCUGGGCCUUCUGGAAGCGCUCUUCAAGAUUUUCGAACUUUGGUGGAUGUAAUUUCUUUGUUUUAA